UCCUCAUCUCCCGCCCUGUCGCUGGGUUUUGUUUUAUUUUGUUUCAUUUACCACUAUGCCUUAGCCAUUUAAUUACUUUCUGAUUUAGUUCCAAAUCGUAAAACUGUUCUUAUUAUGUAUUGUGAACUUUCCAGAAACGACUGGCUGGCGACAGAUGGAUAGAUGAAAGAUUGAAUGAACAAGUAAUGUGAGAGAAAGGGAAGGGAGGGCGGUGGCUGCUGCGAGCCCAUCCCUAGGUCACGGGAGGGCUCGCCCCCGCCUGGCUCGCGCUGCUCCGCGUCGGAACCCGAGAGCAGAGGGAGCGGUUUCCCUGAAAAGAGAGGGAGAGUUUUGUGAGAGCACACAGGAAAGGCCGGGCGCUGAGCGGCGGGCAGCGGAGAAGAUGACUGCAUUCUUUAAAACGCUUCGAAAUCAUUGGAAGAAAACUACAGCUGGGCUCUGUUUGCUGACAUGGGGAGGUCACUGGCUCUACGGGAAGCACUGUGAUAACCUGCUAAGAAGAGCAGCCUGUCAAGAAGCUCAGGUGUUUGGCAACCAGCUCAUUCCUCCCAAUGCACAAGUGAAGAAAGCCACCGUCUUUCUCAAUCCCGCAGCUUGCAAAGGGUAUUUCAGUUUGUGACUUACUGUAUUUAGUUUUUCUAAAGGCAAAGGACAAAAUCUCCACAAAGGCAGGUGGUGGACUGUGUGCUACAGUGACUGGGACUGGUUACUGUGCAGCCACAGCGUUAGUCUCCGAGUGGAAGUCACCGUGCCGCAAAUUGAUGUUCAUCAAACACCAAGGAUUUAUAUCAGCUUGAGAGCAGUCCUACUGGGAAUGAUUGCUCUCCUGCUUUGCAUAACCGUGUUAGGCUGCCAUCACAAAGGAGUUUGAGAGAUCAAGAGCACAGUGGGCUCAGGAGGACAGUGUAGUCUUUACAAAGGAGGGAACCUUCUACUGGCCUUAGAGAAAGUUCACUCUCCCCAAACAAGGCUGUGGCCUGGUAGGGCAGUCACCUAAGGACGGGGAAGAUUGUUCCUCAGUAAGUGCUGCGCGGGGCUUUUGCUAGAAGUGGCAUAUUUGUUGCUUAGUUGAUGGUACCCGUUGUAUCACCCUGAAAUGCAGGGUACUGUGAAGACAAGGAAAGGUUGUGGAGGAACUCAGAAUUGCCCUGUCUGGGGGAAAAAGCCACAAGCAGGAAAAAAAAAAAAGUUUACAGUGUUAGUUAGGUUGUGGAGAAUAUAAAUGCAAAGGCAUCAUCGACCACUUUAAAGAAACAGUUUAAAAAUUACCUUUAAAAAAUAGAAUGAAAAAGUUGAAGAGGGAAAAAAUACUUAUUGUUUUCAGUGUCCCGAUCAAUUGUGCUUUGAGUAAUUUGUGAAUAUAUAUACCAGGCUGGACACUAUAAGACUGAAGUCGCACACAUCGAUAAUGAGUACUUGAGGCUGGAUUUUAAGUGUUCAGGCACUGUUGUCUGAAGCAAAACGAAGCAGAAGCUCCCAAAGUCAGUUCUGGAGGAUCUUUUGGGGAAAUUUGAGCAUGACUUUGUGUAUUGGCCUCCUCUGUAAGUCGUACCUAUAGAUUAUGCAGAGUAAACUUGCUUAAUAGAAUAUUGCCAGACUUGGCUAAGGCCACUUCCCUCCUCCGUAAACACACCAAUUUUUAUCUCAGUAAUAAAUGAUACAAGUUCUUAAAUAGCGCAACCUGAACACCCAGUACACCAGUACAUCAGUCACUAUGACCUGGUGAGGGCAGUAGAGAGCUCUGUGUCUGUGUGUGUGUGUGUGUGUGUGUGUGUGUGUGUGUGUGUGUACGUGCCUGUGUGCGUGCUCGCACACACAUUUGCUUCUGCUUCUAGAAUAUUCUGAGUUACUUAGCCUCCUAAGUCUUCAGUUUACUCAGCUAGAAAACUAAACAACAUAAUAGACACAAAGCCAGAACACAUACGUUAAGCACCACGUGAUGUGUUUGUGUUAAAUGCCGCAGUACUUAUGAGUGUUAAUUGUUUAUUAAGGCCUGCUGCUGCUGAUGUGAUGAUGAUAAUGAUGUUUGUAUCUAGCUGGGUUCAUAAUAUUCUUCACUUUGUACUCUUAUUUUUCCUAAGAAUUUUUAUAAGCCCCCUUUCACCCUUCUUUAAAGAUAGCUGUUUGAUGUGCCGUGCCUGCCCUUUAGAAAUCUUUAAUUUCUGGUGAAAAUGUUUGGGCAGUUUCCUUAAGAUACAGUCAACUAUUAUAAGUUCUGGCUUCCAAUAAGUACUUGGUUGUUGUUUGGUUUUGGCUGAUGUUUUUGCUUUUUUCCCUAGCCCAUAUUGUUUUAAUAUUCACAAUUUAAUUUUUUAAAGAUUUAGGUCCUUACAUUUUAUACAAACUGCAUGUCCUGGAAGAAUUAGUUUUCCCUUUUUCUACCAGUGUGUGUAUGGGAGGUGUGUGUGCUUGUGCACAUAGAGGCUGAGGUUGGUCUUGGUCUUCAGUUGCUCUUCCACUUUACUCUUUGAAGUAAAGUCUCACAGUACCGCUCAGACCUUGCCAUAUCAUGGCUGCUGUCCCGGACCAGCUUGCUUUGGAGAUCCUUGUCCCUGUCUUCAGAGGCCGAGCUGGCCAUCACCGCCACUGGGUGCUUAUGUGGGUUUUGGGGAUCUGAACUCCAGGUCUUCACACCUGAGCUUGUUCAGCCAGCCUUAGCCAUCACUGAGACAUCACUCCAGCCCCUGCUUACAUUUUUAAAACUAAAGCGGGCUCUUGUUUGUAAGUCCAAUACUUUAUCUAAAGGUAGGCAAAGGUGUAGCCACAGAUGGCCUCCUAUAGCAAGGUGGAUCCCUGCAUGCACCUGGGACACAGAGCUCUAAAACUCCCUAGCACUUUUGUUUUAAAGCUUUCACUAUUUAAUGGCCCCAUUUUUGUCACUGUGGCUAUUAUGCACUAACACAUAUGUAUAAUUUAUUGUACAGCUAUCUCAUUAUGUAGGACUGGUUUAAAACUUCAGGAGAACUUUAAGAAACAAGAGGUUUCCUGAACUAGUGGCAUCAUACAAAGAUGCGAAAGAACAGCUCGUGCUCAGAUUGCUUUCCUUAAGCUCACAGAGCAAAGCCAGAACUCUAUUUGAAAAAAAUGCUGCUCCAAUUUUACACCUGUCUGGCAUGGAUGUGACUGUUGUCAAGACGGAUUAUGAGGGACAAGCCAAGAAGCUCUUGGAGUUGAUGGAAAGCACUGAUGUGAUCAUUGUUGCUGGAGGAGACGGCACACUGCAGGAGGUUGUUACUGGAGUACUGAGAAGAACAGAUGAGGCUACCUUCAGUAAGAUUCCCAUUGGAUUUAUCCCGCUGGGACAGACCAGUAGUUUGAGUCACACUCUCUUUGCUGAAAGUGGAAACAAAGUCCAACAUAUUACAGACGCCACACUUGCCAUUGUGAAAGGAGAGACUGUUCCACUUGAUGUCUUGCAGAUCAAGGGUGAAAAAGAACAACCUGUGUAUGCAAUGACUGGCCUCCGGUGGGGAUCUUUCAGAGAUGCUGGCGUCAAAGUUAGCAAGUACUGGUAUCUUGGUCCACUAAAAACCAAAGCAGCCCACUUUUUCAGCACUCUUCAGGAAUGGCCUCAGACUCAUCAAGCCUCCAUCUCUUACACGGGACCUAGAGAGAGACCUCCCAUUGAGCCUGAAGAGACUCCUCCCAGGCCGUCUCUGUAUAGGAGAAUAUUACGCAGGCUUGCCUCAUUCUGGGCACAGCCACAGGAUGCCUCCUCCCGAGAGGUAAGCCCUGAGGUCUGGAAAGAUGUACAACUGUCCACCAUUGAACUGUCCAUCACAACCCGAAACACCCAACUUGACCUGAUGAGCAAAGAGGAUUUUAUGAACAUUUGCAUUGAACCUGACACUGUCAGCAAAGGAGAUUUCAUAAUCAUAGGAAGUAAGAAGGUGAGAGACCCUGGCCUGCGUGCAGCUGGCACCGAGUGCCUCCAAGCCAGCCACUGUACUCUGGUUCUUCCUGAGGGAACUGAGGGCUCCUUCAGCAUUGACAGCGAGGAGUACGAAGCCAUGCCGGUGGAGGUCAAACUACUGCCCAGAAAGCUGCGGUUCUUCUGUGAUCCGAGGAAGAGAGAGCAAAUGCUGCCGAGCACAUCCCAGUGAGCGACAGCGUGGCGGGCACUCCCAGGCUGCACUGCAAGCCACCAGUGGGACCACAUGGGGGAUGUGUGUGCUUCUGUCCCCAGAGGGUCACAGGAUCCCAAGGGAAUUUUCAUGGCAAGUACCCCCAGCCCUCCUGUUUGCUUCCUAGAGCACAUACCAUGUCAUGCACUUGUUUGUGGUCAGUACCCUGUUAACCCUCGCUUUCCUUAUGUUGAGGUAGUUGAUCCCUCUUACACAGUGGUUGUCUCAGGCUGGGUCUAGAACGUUCUUGUACUCCCUGAGUUGGGAAGGGCUGGAGUUUUGUGAUUGUCCCACAGUGGAGAGUGGAAUCUGUAGACCAAGUUCCUGUUUCGGUUCUCUGACCGUCCUGGGGCACCCCGGGGAGGCAGCUGCUGUCUCCGGGAGCCUCGCCCUCUUUCUGGGCUCUCUCAUGGGUGCUGCUCCUUUGUGAGCUCUCUGCUUUGGUUGGUUGGUCUCAUCCGGAAAGCAAAUGUGAGGUUGUUCCCUCUUUAGCCAUGGCAGACGUAUUGUAAAAUGCUAUUUUAAAACAAACUAGUGCUUCCUCAUUGUUAGUUUGCAUGUGUACAACUGAGGCGCAUGUUGAAAACUAACUGACCUGGGACCUACCCCCAGGUUGACUUUGUAACUCAACCUGGCAGGAAGCUAGGGUUCUUCAUUUUUAAAAAACUGCUUCCCCAGGUGAAUCAACCAUACCGGGAGAAAGUGUUUUAAAUCUACUUCAUAAACUUAAAUGUAUUAUAUAUAUAUAUUUUUUAAAAUCACAUAUUUGUGUUGACAUCUAUUGUUUCCAUGGGAAGUUAAACACUUGUCAGUGUACUUACUAGUAUUGUGUAAAUAUUGUUUAAAAAUAAAAACUGUUUGAUCAUUCUUUUAAACAUAUCCAGUGUAAUCUAAAUGCACCCCUUAUUUAUAAAAAUUAACUAGUAAACUAGAGUUUUACUAUUUGAAAUUUUUAAAUUAUUUUUUUUCUCCCUUGGGUAUAUUUCUAUACUACUGUGAACAAAGGAAUUUUUUUCUUUUUUAAUAUAACAUUUUUAUUGAUUCUUUGUCAAUUUUAUACAUAUUUUGAUCAUAUUCACCCUUAUGUUCGUCCCCAACUCCUCUCAUAUCCAUCUCACCCCUCCUAAUAUUAUUUUGUCUUAUAACCCAAAGUUUACUUUGGUGCUGUCUAUAUGUUUGUGCAUGUCAGGCCAUCCAGUAGAGGUUGUUCAACCUACCAAUGGCCACACCCGUAAGGAAAAACAACGGCCCUUCUUCCAGAAGCCAUCUACAGUCCAUACACAGUUCCUCAGUUGGUAGGAGCUAUGAGCCCCUCUCUCCUCCACGCUGCACUGUUGACUAUCUCGAUCUUGUGCAGGCAGCCACAGCUGCUGCCAGCAUGUGCAUGGAGCCGUCCUGUCCUGUCCUGUCCUGUCCUGUCCUGUCCUGUCCUGUCCUGUCCUGUCCAGAAGACACUCCAUCAACCCUGUCCUCUCCAACCUCUGGCUCUUACAGUCUAUUCCUACCCUUCUUCCAUCAUGAUACUAGAGUCCUGGCAUGAAGAGAGUGUGAUAAAUGUGAUGAAGAUGUCCCACUCGUGGCCACCAGUCCAUCGACACUUAUUCUCUGUACUUGGCCAAUUGUUAACAUUCUGUAUUAACUGCCUUCCACUGCACAAUGAAACUUCUUAUGAGGUCUGAGAUCUGCAGAGACCUGGCUGGUUUGUUUAUUUGCUUGUUUAAUUUAAUUUUAUUUUUUUACUUAUUAACUUUACAUCCUGCUCACUGCCCCUUCCCAGUCACCUCCCUACAACAACCCUUCCCCCAACCCCUCCCCUCUCCUCUGAGCAGGUUGGGACGGGGAGCUCUGGGUAUCCCCCCAACCCUGGCACAUCAAGUCUCUGCGUCUAGGUGCUUCUUUUUCCACUGAUGCCAGACAAGUCAGCCCAGCUAGAAGAACAUAUCCCACAUACAGGCAACAGCUUUUGGGAUAUGUCAAGGACCAGGCUUAGCUUGGAGAGGGGUUCUCACAGAAGUGGGAGCAGUGCAAAGAAUGACUUGAAGUCAAAUCAUGGAUCCAAGCUGAUGACCUGUGUUCUGCUUGAUAUAGCUUUUCCAUUCUGCUUCUAUGUUCCGCUUUCUCUCUGUCUCAGAGAUUUCUGUGUCUAUAUUCUGCUUGCUUGUGAGUGUGUGUGUGUGUGUGUGUGUGUGUGUGUGUGUGCGUGCAUGCUUGUGUUUAUGUGUGCUUGUGUGUGCAUAUCUCCAAGCAGUUCUCUUUUUAUCCUAAAAAUUUCUCUGGAUAGGUCAUUUCCUGUGGAACAAAGGUCCAGUCUUUUAUUUUACCUAUCAAUCCUGUCCAAUCAUUUACUCAAGGUUUUCCUUUUGAUUAUGAAUCAGCAUCCCUUGACUUCAGCCCUUUGAAUUUUUUUUUUAUUUAAGGCAUUUUUUAUUAGAUAUUUUCUUCAUUUUCAUUUCAAAUGCUAUCCCCAAAGCCCCCUAUACCCUCCCCCCCACCCUGCUCCCCAACCCACCCACUCCUGCUUCCUGGCCCUGACAUUCCCCCAGCCCUUUGAUUCUUAGCAGACAGGAAGCACACAUUUUUUUUUCCUCAACAUUGCAAAAGAAUUCAGAGAUCUGUCUACCUUUGUUAAGCACAAACAAUAAGCUAGUUGGGUGGGACCCUGUCCUGAAAUUACCAUUUCCACCACAACUGGGCCUAGAUUUGCUGUGUCCCAGGCUGACCUUGAACUCAGGAAUCUGCCUUCAUUUGUACCUGCCUAUCUUUGUAUCUUUCUGACAAACUGACUCAUAAUAUUUGUUCCUUUAGAUUUGUGAGUGCCUUAUAAUUCAUAUUGCAUCCUUAUAUUUUUACAUAGUUGAGAAAUUCUAUAUAUUUUGAACCCAUGUUUUUAGAGAUCUCUCUACAUCCUUAAAGACUAUCCUGAAGGUCCCCUCGUUUACCAUUUUGCUGAGACAUAGCCACACCCUUGACUCCUGGACUUGUGCUGUUUUUCAUUAUUAUGGAGUUAUUAACGUUAACAGGGAAGACAUUCAUUGGAAGGAAGAGUCCUCCACUGCUAGUGGGUCCAGAAAAUAGGUACAUUUUUACACAAACAAGCUUACACCCACAGCAACCAUCAACACUUAUGGAUUCUCACACCAGGGCCUUGUCCUGCCUAGUUCCUAGGCAGGAACCAUGUCACUCUGUCCCCACCAGGGCCAUGCCAGGCUUGGCAGGGAUAGCCCUGCUCCAAUUGUUUGGGACCCAUAUGAAGACCAAGCUGCACAUGUGCUACAUAUGUGCUGGGAAGCCUAAGUCCAUUCCUAUAUGUUUUUGGUUGGUGGUUCAUUCUCUGAGAGCCCCAAGGGCCCAGAUUAGUUGACUUUGUUGGUCUUCCUGUAGAGUUCCUACCCCUUUGGGGCCCAGAAUUCUUCCUUCUGUUCUUCCAUUAGAGUUCCCCAAGCUCCAUCCACUGUUUCGACUAUAGGUGCUUGCAUCUGUCUGUGUCAGCUCAGAUAACAUGCUCCUGUCUGCAAGCAUAACAUGCCAUUAAUACUGUCAGGGAUUAGUGCUUGCCCAUGGGAUGGGUCUCAAGUUGGGUUGGCUAUUGGCUGGCCAUUCCCUUAGUCUCUGCUCCAUCCCUUGUCCUUUAUUUCUUGUAGACAGGCUAAAUUUUGAGUUGAAAGUUUUGUGGAUGUCUUGAUGGCUACAUUGGGGUUCCUGCUUGGCUACAGGAAGUGGCCUCUUCAGGUUCCAUAUCCCCAGCUAAGUGAUUUUACCAGUUUAUUUUUAUGCUUGCCAUUAUCAUUUAUCAUUUGCUUUUCAUCAGUAAAAUGUGUAAAUCUAUAACUUAAGUAUUAACUUAUUACCGAGCAAAUGUUUUUAACAAUUAUUAGUAUACAUUAGAAGAAAUAAUUAUUUGAAUAAUUAUUUUUUUGUAAUUACAGUUAUGUUAUUGGGAUGUUCUUGUUCCUAACUUGUUUAUUUACCCAACAUGUAAAUAUUAGUUCUGGUGAGAUAAGGAUAUCCAGUGUCAGUUACAUUCUUUUUUAAUUUAUUAUUUUUGAGCCCAGAAAGUAGAUGACUAUGAAUUCUAACAACUUUUUUAUAAUUGCUUUGAAAUUAGAGGGGAAAAACCAUACUAUUUGCAUUACAAUUAAUAAUGAUCUUUCAGCUAACAAUUUGAUUCUAUCUUCCUCUAGUCUGCUGCAAGCUGAGAACUGAAAGCACUUGCCUUUCUAAGGAGUUGCUACCUGGUCUUUAGGAUGGUUUACUUUUAAUACUAGCAUGGACAUUUCCUUUGCUAGUGCCCGAAGGCCUUGAACUCUAUCUAGAAGGCCUGCACUGUGACUGAGCCUUUGUCAUUGUGAAAGGGAAAGUGACACCCUUAGCAGCAGGAAGUGCAGAAAGAUCAGAGUUAAAUAUAGACAGUAAUAGACCUUUUCCUAUGUGUCCCAUUGGAGUAAAACCAGUGUAUGAACGGAGUGGACACACAGCACCUACAGAAAGUUCAUAAUUGAAGAUCAUGAAAAAUAAGGCUACCUAUGCAGUUGUGUGUGCUUAUGCUUUAGCAACAGAGGAGUCUGAAGGUCGGCGUAGACCACUUUGUGCCAACUGGGGAGGGAAAGGCACUGCUAUGGUGUAAGGAAAUAAUAGAAUAUAGUGUUAGUUCUUAAGACACUGUGUAGCUGCACAUUCUAACCAUAACAUCCAUGGGGCUAGGGAAGGCUAUUAGACCCACAUUAUUAAAUGCGUUCUGUUAAUUUUGUUUUCUUUAGUCAGUUGCACUGUCUGGGUUUGUUUGCUUUUUCAUUGGAUGGUCCAUCCCUGCAUUGUGCACAUUUAAUAACAGGUAUACAGAUGCUCAGCUCUGCUGAGAUUGUAGGGAUCACCUCCAGGCCAGGAGUAUCAGAGCCGGGUGUGGUGGCGCAAGCCUUUAAUCCCAGCACUCGGGAGGCAGAGGCAGGAGGAUUUCAAGGCCAGCCUGGUCUCCAAAGUGAGUUCCAGGACAGCCAGGGCUACACAGAGAAACCCUGUCUCAGAAAAAAAAAAAAAAAAAAAAAAAGAGUAUCAGUUCUUAUAAUGCCCCUAAGGCAUAGAUUGGGUAUGACUGCCCCAGUUAGAAAACAGAAACCUAGCUUUGCAACCAGUGUUAACAACUCACUUUAUACUGGUUUAAAAUAACUCUCCCUAUAGAUAUACAAUGUGCAUAUUUAUCAAUAUAUAAUGCUCUGAUAAGAGAUUUCUGAAAUAAAAUAUCCUCUUUCUUAAGUCUAGAAGCUUCCUGUGGGGAUUAAAGGUACAAGGUCCUGGUUCUCUGACUUUAGUUUCCAUUAUGUGGAGAGUGUUUAUCCAACUGCAGCCUCUCACAGGACCAGCUAGAGCUCCCCAGUGUCUGUCCUUGUGUCUGUGAGUAAAAGCAGCCUUGAUCCCUUGGGCUCUAUCCGUGGGCUAGGCCAUCGGCAUUCCUUCCUACCAAAAACUACAUGGUAAAAGAUCACAGCACACAGGCUCAUGUUAAAAUGUGAACUUUAAUUGUAAAAAUUUCUUUUGUAAAUAUAGUUAUUAUCAACCUCUGCACAUAACUUGGUUCAGAUAUAUACAGAUAUGAUAUACACAGGUGUUAACUUGUACCACAGAAAGAAUCAAUUCAAGAAACAUUUACACUUAGCCUUGGGGUUAAGCCCACCUUCCUUCAGGUCUGUAAAUAAUACUCCAUUGAGGACACAGAAAGGAUACAUCGGUUUGCAGUAGUACCCAGAGCAAAACUUACCAAUUAUCCUUCUGACUUUGUCAUGAGGUAAAGACUUGAAACAAAAAUAGAUUAGGGUUCUUUUAUUGCUAUAACUUUUAGACUGGGGUUGUUUCUCAAAAUAGGUUUUUACAUUUAAGGCAACAGGGACACUAUGUUUAAAAAAAAAAAAAAA